ACUACCUCCCCUAAAGUACAGAACCACAGUUCUGUGAGAGGAACAGGUUCUACAAUCUUUGAUUCACUUCAUUUAAGGUUCAGUGAUGUAUUUAGAUGGACACGCUUCCCCCCAAGGACUGCUUUGGCUGCAUCCCAAAAGUUUGUGACAUUGAUCAUUUGAGCGAAGAUGAUAGUUCCUGAGGAUGAUGACCCCAUCAAAGAGCCUGAUCCCCAGAUCAGUGGAGAGAGUUCUACAAAGAAUCUUGUAAAGGAUCUAGACACAGACCCAGCAGCUGAGCAAGCUGUUCAUGAAGUGGACGAGGUGCAGAAUUUACAAGAACUAACAAGACAACUUGAAAUCCAAAAUCAGCCCAUAAGCCCUAGAAACCAGGCAAAUGUCCCUAAUGAAGAGAGACAAGUCAACCUGGACAAAGACAAUCGCAAUGUUGGGCCAAAUAGAGGGGAAAAUAGAGGUUUCAGUGGCAAGGUAGAAAAACAGAGUCAACUUGGUGAGAUAAGUCCUGAGAUAAAAGAGAGCAAAGGGUUAAAAGGAGAUGUAGAUGUGCAAGUUCAGGUUAGUAAGUGCAUUGCACCCGUGGAUAGUGGUAGUAGUAUAGUGGGUAUAGAUAGGUCAACAAGGCCCAAAGUUACAGCCUCUAAAAUGGCUGCACAGAUUUCCACUUUGGUGACAGAGUUGGGCAGCAUCUGCCCUGAUACAUCACUGUUUGACCCAACACUGGAUGAUGUGGAAACAUUACAACUUGGUGACUUAGUAAAAGGAGAUGACAGUAAUUGGCUUUGUGAUUUCUCAAAAAGUGGACCUCCAGGAAAACAGAAAACAGAAUCUCUUUUAAAGUGGUGCCGUCAAGCUCUAGAUCAUCCCAGUCCUGAGACCAAAGCAGCCUGCUCAGCCCUCAUGAGUAAACUUGAUCAAGGACAUUCUGGCAUUUCUCCAUCACAGUCAGCUUUUAAAGAGAAUAUAGAUUGGACUUCUGAUGAAUCCAUCUCUAAGGAAUAUGAAUUGCAGUAUUUGACUGAUUUGCAGGUGGCUCAACUACAGGAAGAAAGCUUUCUACAGGAACAAGCCUGUGCAGUUGCCUCAGCACCUUAUAAGAUUCCCAGUGCCUCUUUCCAAUCUCAGAUAGGCGGUGUUUACAGUGAUCAGGAGUGGUAUGAUGCCAGGGAAGAUAAGGAUUAUUUUGACUAUCCCCAGACAUUUUCAGGCACAUCCAGAUAUGCUUCAUCUGUACCUAGUUUGCCUCCAUACCGGUCCCCAUCCAUAAGUGGUGACUGCAGUCAAGUAAUACCUCCUCCAAUGAUUCUGUCAAAGAGAUCGGUGUCAGGCUCCAGACAAGAAUACAAGAAAUGGCCAGACAGUGAAGAUGAAUUGUAUGCCAGUAUGCCCAGCGAAAUUAGAUCAGGUCUUCAUUCUUUGAGUUCUGGGAAGAGUAGCCAUGGUUUAGACUGGGAUGUCCAAGCACCAAAGAGUCAGUUAUCAAGAAUUCAGGAAUCAGGUCUCUCCAGCCAAUGAAGCCUGUUCAUUUAUUUGCUGAACCAUAGAAGGACAGAUGCUGCUGCA